GAAUUCGGCCUUCGGAAAGAGCCCCCGGAACAGGAUAGCGGACAGAGCCGAACGCCGCCGCGAAGAGCCGAAUAGAGUCGGAGAGACCCGAGUAUAACCGGAGAAGCGCAGACCGGCCGGAAACGGAGCCGAGCGCGGCCGGAAGGAGCCGAGCCCGUCCGAAGGGAGCGGAGCGCUGCCGGGGGUUGGGCCCCGCCGAGUCCGCGCCAUGGCGGCGGAGGGGACUGAUGUGGCCGAAGGCGGGGCUGUUGGCGGCCACCUGGCCAAGGACAACUUGCGGCAGUCUAAGAGCCCGGACGCAGCCCCGAACCGGCGGCGCUUCUCGUCGCUGUCCCGUGACGCCGAGCGCCGAGCCUACCAGUGGUGCCGGGAGUACUUGGGCGGGGCCUGGCGCCGAGUGCCGCCUGAGGAGCUGAGGGUUUACCCCGUGAGCGGAGGCCUCAGCAACCUGCUCUUCCGCUGCUCGCUCCCGGACCACCUGCCCAGCGUUGGCGAGGAGCCCCGGGAGGUGCUGCUGCGGCUGUAUGGGGCCAUCCUGCAGGGCGUGGACUCCCUGGUCCUCGAAAGCGUGAUGUUCGCCAUCCUUGCAGAGCGGUCACUGGGGCCCCAGCUCUAUGGAGUCUUCCCAGAGGGCCGACUGGAACAGUACAUCCCAAGCCGGCCAUUGAAAACUCGAGAGCUUCGAGAGCCGGUGUUGUCAGCAGCCAUUGCCACGAAGAUGGCCCAGUUCCAUGGCAUGGAGAUGCCUUUCACCAAGGAGCCCCACUGGCUGUUUGGGACCAUGGAGCGGUACCUAAAGCAGAUCCAGGACCUGCCCUCAACCAGCCUCCCCCAUAUGAACCUACUGGAGAUGUACAGCCUGAAGGAUGAGAUGGGCAACCUCAGGAAGUUACUAGACGCUACCCCAUCACCAGUGGUCUUCUGCCACAAUGACAUCCAGGAAGGGAACAUCUUGCUGCUCUCAGAGCCAGAAAAUGCUGACAGCCUCAUGCUGGUGGAUUUUGAGUACAGCAGUUACAACUACAGGGGCUUUGACAUCGGGAACCAUUUUUGUGAAUGGGUUUAUGAUUAUACUCAUGAGGAAUGGCCUUUCUACAAAGCCAGGCCCACAGAUUACCCCACUCAAGGACAGCAGCUCCAUUUUAUUCGCCAUUACCUGGCAGAGGUAAAGAAAGGUGAGACCCUCUCACAAGAGGAGCAGAGAAGACUGGAAGAAGAUUUGCUGGUAGAGGUCAAUCGGUAUGCUCUGGCAUCCCAUUUCUUCUGGGGUCUGUGGUCUAUCCUCCAGGCAUCCAUGUCCACCAUAGAAUUUGGUUACAUGGAGUAUGCCCAGUCUCGGUUCCAGUUCUACUUCCAGCAGAAGGGGCAGCUGACCAGCUUCCACCCCUCAUCCUGACUCUCCACCCUCCCAGUCCUUGGAUUUCUCCUCGAGCCUCCAGGGCAGGACCUUGGAGGGAAGGGCUUAGAGCAGAAGGCCCUGGGGACUGGGCUGAGGCCCCAAGGGAGACUGGGGUUGAGGAGGCUGACCUCUCCCUGAGUUUGAGUACGUCCUCUGAUGGGCAGGGAGCCCCUGUGCUGUGUACCUUAAGACAAUAAACAUGCUUCUUCCUUCA